UAUAACGGAGCAAGGAUGGCAAAGACAAUAGGAUACCGAGACUGGCGACGGCAGGCUCUUUUGUGGCAUUUUCUCUUGUGGACUACAGGGGACGCACAAACGCGUUACAGCAUCCCUGAGGAGCUCAAACAAGGUUCGGUGGUGGGCAAUUUGGCCAAAGAUCUGUCUUUGGGACUGUCUGAGAUAUUUGAGCGCAGGCUGCGCGUCGCCUCAGAGGUUGGGAAGCAGUAUUUCAGCGUGGAUGCGGGGAAGGGCGAGCUGCUGGUCAACGACAGAAUAGACAGAGAAGCUUUAUGCGGACAAAGCGCCAGCUGUGUGCUCCCUCUGCAGGUCGUUUUAGAAAAUCCGUUACAAUUGCAUCGAAUAGAAGUGGACAUUAAAGACGUCAAUGACAAUGCUCCUAGUUUUCUUAAAAGUGAACACGUGAUUGAAAUAGCUGAAUCCGCCAUUGUAGGUAUAAAUUUUCCCCUACAGAGUGCAGAGGACGCUGAUGUUGGAGCACAUACCAUAAGGUCAUAUACACUUAGUAAAGAUGAAUGUUUUACAUUAAAAAUGAGAGAGAUUGAAAAUGGAAGAAAAAUGCCAGAAUUGGUGUUGAAUAAAUCACUAGAUCGUGAGAAAAAAGCUGUUCAUAAUUUAGUUCUUACAGCUAAAGAUGGUGGUGUUCCUGUAAAAUCGGGAACUUCAAAAAUUAUAAUAAAUGUUCUGGACGCUAAUGACAAUGUUCCUUCAUUUGUUCAAAAAUUAUAUAAGGUAUCAGUACAUGAAAACAGCCCAAAUGGCUCUUUUGUCAUUGCAACGAAAGCGACAGAUAUAGACGAUGGUCCAAAUGGCGAAGUAGAGUAUUCUCUUGGCAUACACACGCCACCAUCGGUGCUCGAAAUAUUUCAUAUAGACCCGGUAAGUGGGGAUAUAUUAUUAAUAAAUAAUUUGGACCAUGAAAAAAUAUCCUCUUUUCGUAUUGAUAUAAUUGCAAAAGAUAAAGGGCUACCAAAAAUGGAAGGUCAUUGCAGCGUGCAGAUUGAUGUAUUAGACGUAAAUGACAAUGCUCCAGAAAUGUUAUUGACUUCCAAACCAAGUUCUGUACCAGAGGACUCUGCAGUUGGAACAGUUGUGGCUUUGCUGAGUGUACGUGAUCCCGACUCUGGUAAGAAUAGUGAAGUAACUUUACAUCUUCCUAAGGGCUCCCCUUUUUCUCUCAAACCAUCCUUUUCUAAUAAUUACGCUUUGAUCACCAGUGGUAAUUUGGACCGAGAGAGUGUGUCUGAGUACAACAUUGAGAUAACCGCCACUGAUUCAGGCGUUCCUGUUCUGUCUAGUAAAAAAACGAUAGCUGUGAGCAUCACUGAUGUCAAUGACAACCCUCCUGUAUUCUCUCAGAGCUCUUACAAUGUUUAUCUAAAAGAGAACGGCGCAGCAGGUGCCAUACUGUUCUCUGUGUCUGCGAGCGACCCGGAUGCAGGCGAAAAUGCCAAAUUGUCUUAUUCAAUCGUGGACUCUAAAGUUCACGACAUGUCUGUGUCAUCUUACGUUUACGUGAACUCUGAGAACGGAAGCAUUUAUAGCAUGCACUCAUUUGACUACGAAAAAGUCAAAGUGUUUAACUUUCAAGUGGAAGCGAAGGACCAAGGCUCUCCGUCCCUAAGAAGCAAUGCCACAGUCCAGGUUUUCAUUGUGGAUCUGAAUGACAACGCCCCUGCCGUCAUCUACCCCUCCCCCCAUGCUGCUUCCCAUCUGAGGCUGCCCCGCUCAGCCAAGCCAGGCCACCUGAUCACCAAGGUGACGGCUGUGGACGCGGACUCGGGCCACAACGCGUGGAUUUCGUACAAAGUGGUGGAGGCCACAGACACCUCUCUGUUUGUACUGACUUUAUACACUGGGGAGGUGAGGAUUAAACGUGCAGUUUCCGAGCAUGAUGACUCCUCUCAAAGGCUGAUCGUAGAGGUCAAGGACGACGGGGAACCGGUCCAAUCGACCACUGUCACGCUGUCUGUCCUGCUGGAAGACGGCCUGCUCGAGCCCAUGUUGGAGCUGAGACACAAAUCGGCAUCUGAGCCCAGCAUGACAGGGGGCAGAAUCACACUUUAUUUGAUUGUGUCACUGGCCUCGGUGUCCAUGUUGUCUCUCCUCACUUUGCUGGUUUUAGCCGUGAAAUGCAUGAGGAGCAGCACAAGCGGCGCUAGUUGCUGCUUGAGACGGACACAUUGUGAUGAGGACAAGAAGCCCAACAGAAAUCUGCAAAUUCAGCUUAACACUGAUGGACCUAUCAAGUACGUUGAGGUUCUGGGAGGAGACGUCAUGUCUCAGAGUCACUCCUUCAGAUCCUGCAUGUCUCCCAUGUCGGAGUACAGUGAUUUCACUUUGGUCAAACCCAGCAGCACCACUGACUUUAAAGAGGUCAUUAGUGUCCUGGAUGCCUCUUUACCUGACAGUACAUGGACCUUUGAGAGCCAGCAGGUGAGCCACUGUUUUGGUUUUAAGACAACUUCUAGCUGA